AUGUCACCUCCCGACUUGACACAAGGCUACCGUGAUGGGUCAGCUUUAGUGACAGUGGAAGAAGACGCGAUUGCUGAUUCAAAUGUGCUCGGUUUAGAGUCGUCUGCAGUGGAGGAAUCGAAAACCGAUUUCCAGGGAGCAUCUCGGUCGGCGGCUCCGCGUAGAAGGUCGAUGAUGGACCGGGUGAAGGCGAUGUUGCGAGUUAGAAUUGAUUACAUCAAAGGCGCAUGGCCGGCAGAAUUGGCUGUGCUGAAAAAGGGAGCUUGGUGGGGUAUUCUGUGGUUUGUAUUAACAUUAGUAGUGCAUAAUUGGGUGCACAAUAUGGCUUAUUACUAUGCUGCGAGAUAUGAAGUCUAUGGUCCAUAUAAGGGGCCUGGCAAUCCCAUUCACGACUUCCCAUUCGAAUGGCUCGGCAGUGGACUGGUCGAUGCUGCGGUGGCCCCUGGUGACAUUACUAAUUACUUCAGCUUAAUACUGGGAGUCGGCUACGUAUUGCGGCCUUUAUUCUUCCCAUUCCCUCAUCGGGCUAUGAAUAUGCUGUGGCGAUGGGGAGUAGUCGCCAGUUUGGCAACAUAUGCUCGUCUUGUCACUUUCAUGGUUACAUUACUUCCGGGAUCAGCACAGCAUUGUGCUGAAAAUGAAUUCAACCCUCCAAGCGAUUGGGGUGUUAUUCUAACGCGGCUUUUCACCUCUGGGGGCUGCAGUGAUCUGAUAUUUUCGGGUCAUAUGAUGUAUACGAUUAUUGUUACAUGCGGAAUAUUCCGAUACAGUAGCAAUAAGUACCUCAAGAUUUUUGUCCUGUUGCUGACAAUCCUUCAAGCCUUCCUCAUAGUGGCCUCUCGAUCACAUUACAGUGUUGAUGUGGUGCCAAAUGACUUCCGAAUGACCGAUGAGUCAAUCUCGUCGCCUGGAGUGUCCGAUGGUGAAGAUGAUGAGGAAGGUGUGGAGGAGUAUCCAACAGCAGUGCCAUCAAGUGGCACUGGCAAAAGCAGCCGUAGCAGCAGUGAGCAUCAGAAGGUGUCGUCAGUCAGUACCAGAGCGUCUCCUGGUGACAGAGAUUUGGAACUUGGCGUGUCACCGCCGAGUGGAGGUUAA